AUGAAAAGAGGGUCAAUGAAUGUUGUUACAUCUGAAGACAACAUAACAAUUGUCCAGUGGAAGGACACAGGAAUUGUUUAUGUUGGCUCAACGUUUGCGGGCAUACAGCCAACAGACCUAGUUAGAAGGUGGGACAAGACAGAAAAAAAACAUGUCAUGGUAGACCGUCCUUAUUGUGUACAAAUCUACAAUAAGUUUAUGGGAGGGGUUGACCUUAGUGACAGAAUGGUUGCCCACUACCCCCACUCUCUUAAAGGCAAACGCUUCUAUCUUAGAAUAUUUUUUUAUCUAAUGAAUGUUGCGGCAGUAAAUGCUUGGAUAAUUUUUAAGGAGAAAACCAACUCAAAGAUGCCUUUUGUAGAUUUUAAGGCCAGUAUUGCUAAUGCAAUGAUUCAAACAGCCUGCAACAAGAGAAAAGUUGGUAGGCCACCCUCCAUCACCCCGCCUUUGAAAAAAAGAUGUCGCCCAGGAGUACUACAGGAUGUUCGGUUUGAUGGAAAAGACCACUAUCCUUUCAAAAGUAAUCCUGGCCGCUGCAGGGACAAAGCCUGCACGAGCAGAACCCGAUAUAAAUGUGGAAAGUGUGAUGUUCCUGUUUGCCCAGAAUGUAUGGAAAACUUUCAUAAAGCAAACUAA